GGCGCGCGUGCGCACUGGAGCUCUCUGCCCUCCCAUUCAUAAAAAAGCCAUUUUCCCAGGCAAGGGUUGCAACAUCGCCUCGGAGGCAGCGAGCAGAGCUGACAGCGCGGAGCUGGCGCUGCAGGGCUCAGGGAGCCUUACCGGCUCCUCUGACUGGCGUCUGCGACUUCAACAGCGACUGACCCACUCGGGUUCGGGGAUUUACACAGACGUGGAGCGAUGCUUGUGACUCUGCAGCUCCUCAAAGACCCCUAGAAGCCUGUCCCUUGGUGCAGUUCAGGACCUCCAGCCUCAUGGAGCCCCCGAUUCCACAGAGCGGCGCCCCUUUGAAUCCCAGCUCAGUCAUGGUGCAGCCCCUCCUUGACAGCAGAGCGCCUCACAGCCGGCUCCAGCACCCACUCACCAUCUUACCCAUUGACCAGGUGAAGACCAGCCACGUGGAGAAUGACUACAUAGACAACCCUAGCCUGGCCCCUACUACGGGUCCCAAGCGGCCCCGGGGAGGGGCCCCAGAGCUGGCUCCCACACCUGCCCGCUGUGACCAGGAUGUUACUCACCACUGGAUCUCCUUCAGUGGUCGGCCCAGCUCUGUCAGCAGCAGCAGCAGCACUUCCUCCGACCAGAGGCUCCUAGAUCACAUGGCUCCACCACCCGUGGCUGAGCAGGCCUCACCCAGGGCAGUGCGCCUCCAGCCCAAGGUGGUCCACUGUAAGCCGCUGGACCUGAAGGGCCCGGCAGCUCCGCCAGAGCUAGACAAGCACUUCUUGCUGUGUGAGGCCUGUGGGAAGUGUAAGUGCAAGGAGUGUGCGUCCCCUCGGACGUUACCCUCCUGCUGGGUCUGCAACCAGGAGUGCCUGUGCUCAGCCCAGACCCUGGUCAACUAUGGCACAUGCAUGUGUCUGGUGCAAGGUAUCUUCUACCACUGUACUAAUGAGGAUGAUGAGGGGUCUUGCGCUGACCAUCCCUGCUCGUGCUCCGGCUCCAACUGCUGCGCCCGCUGGUCCUUCAUGGGCGCUCUCUCUCUGGUGCUGCCCUGUCUGCUGUGCUAUCUGCCGGCCACAGGCUGCGUUAAGCUGGCCCAGCGCGGCUAUGACCGCCUGAGACGCCCCGGUUGCCGCUGCAAGCACACGAACAGCGUCAUCUGUAAGGCAGCCAGCGGGGACAGCAAGGCUGCCAGGUCCGACAAGCCUUUCUGACACUUUGGAUGAAAACGUGGUCCCUCCUGCCAGUCUCCCGAGGCUGACCUUGCUCUCCUAAGACCCUAGAUUGAGAAGAAGAAACCGGCAGAGAACACUACUGCCUAGCCUUGAUUCCCCCAAAAGGAUGAAGAUGCACUUUGGGGGGGAGGGUUCACAGUCUUGGAACUUUGUUAAACAACAGUGACAGCGUUGGGGUAUGGUGGAAGGGGGCCAGUGUUCCUAUUUCAGAAGAUGGAAGACAGAUGUGGACACAGAAUCUGCACAUUCAGCCACUCGAUGGCCUUCCCAGCCCCUCUGCUCCCUCCCACUUUGCCAUUCUCUCUGGCUCCUGAUGGAGCCUUCUACCUGGGAGGAACAGCUAAUGGGAGGCAAGAUACCUCGAGGAAGACCCUCAGAGCCUUGACUUCUAUCUUUGCCGCCGCCUCUGUCCAUGCCUGUUGGCCUUGGCCUCUUGGGAAGGUGCACCUUAGCGAUUCCUGCUGUAUGCACUUGAUGGGCCGAGAACAAAAUCGCCGGUAAGCCGCCAUCUCCCUGGAGCUGCAGGCUGGAGAAGGAACCACCUGGCAGUGUGUUCCUCCUAGCUUUCGAUCGCUGACUUGGGGGUUGUCCGCUCAUCGCACCAUCCUCCAGUUCUUAACCGAGUCACAGACUGGCCUGCCUGCUAUGUGUCCUGAGCUCUUUCUACUCAGGUUCUUUGUAGAAACUUGCUGGGUUCAGAACGCCAGGAUGACACAAGCAAGACCAAAUAUCAUUUUGCCAAUGAGUCUGAGGCUGUGGUCUCUGGAUCCAGCCAUGAUGUUUUUAUAUGUUUAAUUAAACUAGAUGCUAUUGGUGUUUAAACAAUAAUAAUACAACAACCUGCUUCCUUUUGGGCCACCCCCCCAGGAAGGGCUGAUUUCAAAUCUGGGGGCAAGCAACCUCAAAGGAACCUUUCCCCUGCACGUCAAGAAUGGCAAAGAAGAGGCUGUAUCUCCCAUUGGCAGAAUGACAGUUGAGCCGAACUAGGGUUGGGUUUUCUUCUGAUUCUGCUGCUUGCUGUCGUAGCCUUUUGUGUAUAGUGAUGCGUCUGUCUUUAUGUAAAUAGAGAGAUGACAGAGUCUAUCUUAGUGUUAGGAUGGCCCCCGGUGGGGAAGUCAGAAGGUGCCAGAGAGGGUGGGGAACGAUUCUCCAGGGGCUGCUGGGUUUGAGCCCCACUUUUUGUGUGCAGCACACACCCCCCUCCCAACAGCCCCCAAAGACGUAGCAACUCUUUCUCUCACGGUGCUAAAGGACUCAGAAAGCGCAGCACGUCCAGUGGGUAGGUACUUGUUGCAUGCAAAAAGCUGUCAUGUCUCUGGUCCUUGCCCCAGCUGUUGUGGUUUUUUUUUUUGUUUGUUUUGUUUUGUUUUUUGUUUUUGUUUUGUUUUGUUUUGUUUUGGUUUUUUGGUUUGGUUUGGUUUUUUUUUUCUUCUUUGUGUGGUAUUUUGUCCCCAUCCCUGCCUCUAAUUCAAGAAAUAGCCUGGGUUGGAAGAGGUACCCCAGGUAAAAUUGGGAGAGCAUUAGGCAAAAAUCAUGUGGAGUAUUUCUGGUUCUUUUGUGUGAGCUGCCCCCAGGGAGGAGGCAGGGAGCUGAGAGUGGAGUGUACCUAUUGCUCUUUUCUCAAGGAUUCAUACACCCACCCCCCACUCCCACCUUGGAAGCUACUAGUUGUAGUAGUAACACCAUAUGAUUUAAUUGUUACCAUAGGUAUUUAUUGGUUGGAGGAAGGUAGGGUUUUAUUUUCAGCUUUAUUUAUGUAACAUUUACUGGCUUGUAAAAGGCAAGUAUAAAAAUCCUGCAUCUUCAUCGUCUAUAGCUAAUCCAUACAUAUACCUGCCCGUGCCACAAUUGCAGUGUUCUUGCACAGAUCGGAAGGAAAGAUAGAAGACAAACCCUGAGAUCAGCAAACCACUUAACACUAGUUGAAUGUAUUAGAAGCUUUCUGAAGGGGCUGGAGAUGUUUUCCUCAGAUAUGAGGUAUGUUGGAGGGAACCCCCCCCCAAAAAAAAACAAUAGCGCACAUGUGCACUCUUUCUGAGAAGCCUGGGAGCUGGGCGCUUUGCCCGGGGUCCCUCCCACAAUUUAUCUCCACAGGACAGCUGACCCAGUGGCAAGUUGCACUUUGGUGAUCUUGGUCUGCCCACUUCAUGUGGACAGUUGAGCUACAUAAGCCGUUUAUGUGCACAUGCACACGUGACACUCACAUGCACAGACCCUCUACCACACAGACCCUGUUACCUGGCAACUCCUUCCAAACCUUAACUUUGUGUACAUAGCUGUAAACACGGAUUUGGGGGGGGGGUUGGUUUGCUUCCCCACCCCAGCACCCCCUUGUUUUGGCUUGGGAAUGAUGUCUACAGAACUCCCCCCCACUACAUCCCCCAGAAGUUACUUUGGGACCCACUUGCUCAGUGGUAAGCGAAGGGGUGAAGAAAGCAUCCUUUCUCCUCUGUUCUGUUGUUUUUCUCUGGCUUCUUGGCAAACAACUACACAUGGGGGAUGCAAACACACACACAAAAAGGGGUAGUUUGUUUAUAGGGCCCCCAUGCCCCUUCCCAGGUUAGUCAACAGGCAUUGAGAGUACAGGCUCUCACAACCAUCACAUUUCAAAUGUAGCUGUUUCUGACUCGUUUGCUAGCGUUUGCAGCUUGCUUGGCUGAGUUACAUCACUUCAAGAGUGCCAGCUGGUUCCCACUUCUAGACCUGGGGUGGGUGUCAGUUGUGCCUGGAGCCAAGGAUGGCAUCCAAGGUACCUUGGCUACUUGGUUUCCCCAUUGUAGGGAAAGGCUUGUAAGCGCACUAGGGGCGGAGUCUAGGCUAGCAACACCUUCCAAGGUACCGGGAAAGCUCCUCAAGGCAGGUGAAGGGAGUAGAGAGCAGCCCUUGCUGUCGGGCCCUUCUUAGCCGCUGGGAGGCAUCCUUGUGAUUGUGAUAGGCUCUUUGAGCUAGUGUAGUCUGCAUCGAUGGGGUCCAGCUGGAUCACAACGCCAAGGGGGACAAUACGUACCAAGUUGGUCAGGGCCAGAACCCAGGUACCCAUCACUCUGAUGCAGCUUGGUCUCCAGUGCUGCUCCAAGAAGUGGCUGAAGUGUGUGGGCAGCACAAAUUUGCACUGUACAAUUUACUAGAACAUCCGGGGCUCCCCUGGCCUCCUGGUGUAUGCAUUUGGUGAGUAGCUCCACGCCCUCCCCGCUCUGUAAUGGUGGAUGUUGAUCCUGUGUUUCCAUUUUGAUUGUGGGUGACUGCUGUUUCUUAGCUUGCUUUUCUCUUGUGUCCUGUGGUUGAUUUCCUGUUAGCAGUAGAGCUGUGCCCAGUGCCCCACUUCACCACAUUCCUGUGUUCUCUGUAGCCCCCCAGUUCAUCCCGCCACAAAAGUUACCACAGAAGGUUUCCUUUGUAAAAAAUAUUUAUUUUGAAGCUCUAUUUUAAUAGUAUUUAUUUUAGAAAGUCUACUAUUGUAAGAGUUCUUCUGUUUGUGAAGAAAACAAGUUAAAAACUGAAUGUACUGAUCUAGAAGAUAUCUAUAAAUAUAUAUUGUUAAAUAUACACAUGGCUGCCAUUCU